GUUACAUUAGUAUUCAGGCUCUUGUCGGGAUGAAGGCGAGAAAAACACUUUUCCGAUACCACGUUAUCACGUGACUAUUGCGGAUUCGCGGAAUGUUUUUAUCCCGGGAUUAAGCGAGAGUAUCAGGAAAGGACCAUGUCAGCAGUGGUAGUGGUGCAUGGUGGGGCGUGGGCCAUACCUGAUGACCUGGCCAAGGCUUCUGUUGAUGGAGUGAAGGCUGCAGCACGUGAAGGCUUUUCUGUGCUGAAAGUUGGAGGAAGUGCUUUGGAUGCUGUUGAGGCAGCUGUGAGGGCCCUGGAAGAUAACCCUGUUUUUAAUGCAGGUCAUGGAGCAGCGCUAAAUGCUGAUGGAGAAGUGGAACUUGAUUCCAUUAUCAUGGAUGGAAGGACACUUGCCAGUGGUGCCGUGUCUUCAGUGAAGAACAUCGCCAAUCCUGUGUCACUGGCACGCGCAGUGAUGGAAAAGACAUCCCAUGUCAUGCUGACAUGCAGAGGUGCAAACCUGUUUGCAGAAAGCAUUGGCAUGGCCACCGUCCCCGCUGAUAAACUGGUGACUGAGUAUGAGAGGAAAGAGUGGGACAAGCAAAAAAACUAUGUCACUGGAGUUAUGGAGGAUUUCAACUCUCAGUGGGCCCAUGAUACUGUUGGGGCAGUCGCUGUGGACUCCACUGGUAAUGUAGCAUGUGCAACAUCAACUGGAGGAAUCAGAAAUAAAAUGGUUGGCAGAGUGGGAGACUGUCCCAUCAUUGGCUCUGGAGGAUAUGCAGACAACCUCAGUGGUGCAGUGUCUUGUACCGGUCACGGAGAGUCUAUACUUAAAGUGACAUUAGCCAGACUCAUUCUUUCACAUGUUGAACAAGGUAAAUCAGUGGCAGAUUCUUCACAGUUGUCUCUGCAGUACAUGGGAGACCGUGUCCGUGGUGCAGGAGGCGCUAUAGUAGUUUCUCCUUUAGGACAGUGGGAAGCAACAUUUACCACAGAGCGAAUGGCCUGGGCAGCAGUGGAUCGGGAUGUUCUGUGGUAUGGAUUAGACCCAAAUGAAAGACUGAAGGAGCAGAUAUAAUAACAUAACUAUCUUAGCACAGGUUUGACUUUUUAUAGUCAAAGCCUGGAGCUUUAGAAUAACUGUAUUUCUUAUUUGUUUUCUCCUAAAUCUCUAUGGUUUGGAUCACUCUGUCAUAUUUUAUAGUUAAAAGUUGCUACUGUUGUUUGUAGCCAAAUUAAAGUCGUUUUUUCAUUAGUUAGCAUGUCAGACCUACAUAUUGUAAAGUGCAUACUGUAUGCACUGUGAAAUCCACUGUUGAAUAUGGAGAUGAUAAAUAUUAUUGUAAGUCGGAAGAAAUUGGACCAGUUGUUGUUAUCCCACGA